AUGUACCGAAAGGAAUUUCUCAUCGUUUUCUUCGCUAUAACGGACAGUCCACUCCAGACUCAUCUGCUAUUCAACUUUGCCACAAUCCAGGCUCAAGCACAUACUGCAGACACUGCUGAUAGUUUCGCUGUUCUGAUGAAUAAGGAUCAGACAGGAACAAGAUCGAGUCGCCCGUUCCGUCGUAUACAUACUCCAAAGGUCAUCACAGGGAGCCCAAAGACCCUCUGCCUUUCUCACUUGGGUAGAAUUGAUGAUGUCACCUCGGCCCUGCUCAUCAGACGCGAAUCGCCUUGGGAUACAUAUCGCCCUGUUAUUACCUAUGAUGGUGCAGGGCACGUUACCAUCGCCACUCGCCGCUCCCAUCCUUCACGUGUGGUCACUAUUCGCCAGUUCCCUAAAGAAGAUACCAGUCGAUUGAUCGGACGGUUUGGACAGCUUGAACACAAAACGUGCUCUCCUUGUUGGGAUGUUACCUUGAUGGUGAUUCCAUCUUUCUUCUUGUCGACAAUCUGGCCUCGGGUGCCUGAUAGCGCAAGUAGGCUGUCUUUCCAAGCAACUCGAAACUGGCUGACUUAUAAUCAGGUUCUCGCUGGUGCAUCGUAUCUCAGUGCAUCCGGGCUGACACAUCCAUUUUUGAAAUGCAAUGACAUAUUACUUGGACUAGACGGGGUUGUCAAGAUUGCACGUUUGGAAGAGUGUGUGGAUUGCACCACGAGCCAGGCCGAGACGACUUAUAUCGCCGCGGUACCAUCCAUCGUGAUGGAGCUUAUGAUUCCCAAUACCUGGGAUGAAAAUGCAUGCGACACGUUCAGCGGCCCAUCCAGCCAAAGCAACGUUGUUCAAUUUCUCGACGCCACGAAGGGCGAGUCAUCCCUGAUAGUCUUAAGACAGCAACCACUUGUCUCGGGGAGAUACCAGGCAGUACGCGACCUUAUCGGACUCGCCAGAGCGGCGAUUCAUAUGAGCGAUGUCAAGGAUGUGCCACAGAUUGAUUGCAGGAAAUGA